CAUGUUCCAGAACAAGACGGCGUACCCGACGCUGACCAGGAUGUCGUACUGCCAGUGCCGCCUCGUGCAGGUGUUCGCCGCCAUCUUCCACCAGUUCGCGUGGCGCCAUGUCGCCCUCAUCCUCGACAAGUCCGACCUCUUCUCGCUGACAGUCGGCAAGAACCUGGAGCACGGGCUGCGCAAGGCCGGCUUGCUGAAGUACGUGCGGGAGCUGGACGGCAACGAGGAGGACGGCAUCGAGGGCUACCUGACGGACGCCAGCAUGUACGCCCGGGUGGUGAUCCUGAGUGUGCGCGGCGUCCUCAAGCGCCGCUUCAUGCUCACGGCGCACACCAUGGGCAUGACACGUGGCGACUGGACCUUCCUGGACGUCGACAUCUUCCACGGCUCGUUCUGGGGCGACCGCGGCUGGGCCUGGGGGGACUCGCCCGCGGAGGACGCCGACGCCCGCCACGCCUACGAGGCCCUGCUCCGGGUGUCGCUGCUCGUGCCCACCUCCAGAGGCUUCGUGGACUUCGCCGACAAGGUGCGGCUGCGCGCCUUUGAGCACUACAACUACAACUUCAGCUCGGACGAGGAGGUCAACUUCUUCAUCGGCGCCUUCUACGACGGCGUGCAGCUGCUCGGGAUGGCGCUCAACGAGACCCUGACCGAGGGGGGUGACAUCACGGACGGCGUGGCGGUCACGCGGCGCAUGUGGAACCGCGAGUUCGACGGCAUUACGGGGCACGUCCGCAUCGACGACAGCGGCGACCGGGACGCCGACUACUCCGUCCUGGACCUGGACCCCAUCACGGGCCGCUUCGAGGAGGUGGCGCACUACAGCGGGCUCACCAAGAACUACACGCCGCUCAUGGGCAAGCAGAUCCACUGGCCGGGAGGCAGCACGGGGCCGCCGCCCGACGUGCCGGCCUGCGGCUUCAUGAACACGGACCCACAGUGCACCUCCUCAGAGCACAGCCUGAUCCUCACCUCCGCCGUGCUCGCCGUCUGCCUGCUCCUGGCGGGAGGGGUCACCGUCGCCUGCGUAGCCUACAGGAGGAUGAAGGAGGCCGCUGACCUGCACAACAUGUCCUGGAGGGUGCGGCCCGAGGAGGUGCUGCUCGAGGUCGGCAAGACGUUCUCCUCGCGGCUCGGCCUGCAGAAGAACUCCGAGAUGUUCGAGCCGGGCCUGGAGCGUCUGCACUGCCGUCGCUGCUCGGCCGAGUCCGGGACCUCGCUGCCGCCCGCCCAGGUGUUCACCACCAUCGGCAUCUACAAGGGCUCGCGGGUCGCCAUCAAGAAGAUCACCAAGACUCGCGUGGACAUCACCAAGAAGCUGCUGUGGGAGGUGAAGCAGGUGCGCGACGUGAGCCACGAGAACACGGUGCGCUUCGUGGGCGCGUGCGUGCAGGCGCCGUGCGUCAUCAUCCUGACCGAGUACUGCCCCAAGGGCUCGCUCCGCGACGUGCUCGAGAACGACGCGCUCAAGCUCGACUGGAACCUGCGCAUGUCGCUCAUCCACGACCUGGUCAAGGGUAUGGUGCACCUGCACAGCUGCGAGCUCGGAGUGCACGGCAAGCUUCGCUCCGGGAACUGCCUCAUCGACUCCCGCUUUGUGCUCAAGGUGUCGGACUUUGGACUCGCCACGCUCACGGCGCCGUCGGAGGUCAUCAAGGACCAGGCCUACUACACGAAGAUGCUGUGGAUCGGGCCCGAGCUGCUCCCCCUCACCAUGGUGCCCGGGACGCCGUCCUCGCAGAAAGGUGACGUGUACAGUUUCGCCAUCAUCCUGGAGGAGAUCGUGACCCGGGCCGGUCCUUUCGAGGCGGCUCGGCAGCUCCUCUCAGCACAGGAGGUGGUGGCCCGCGUGCAGGCGCGGGAGAGCCCGCCGCUGCGGCCGGUCGUGGCCUCGGGGCGGGACUGCCCCGAAGCGCUGCUCGACCUCAUGGGGCGCUGCUGGGCGGACAGCCCGGACGACAGGCCCUCCUUCGAGGCCAUCCGCGGCGAGGUGCGCAGGAUCAUGAAGGGCUACUGCGAGAACCUCAUGGACGACCUGCUGCGGCGCAUGGAGCAGUACGCCACCAACCUGGAGGCGCUCGUGGAGGAGAAGACGGCCCAGCUGAGCCAGGAGAAGCGGCGCUCCGAGGAGCUGCUGUACCAGGUGCUGCCCAGGUGGGUGUCGGCGGACAGGAGCGCCGCGA